CCCUGCCGGAAGUGUUCAACUAGCUAUGUUUUUUUUCCCAGAGAAAUGGCGAACGACAAAAGAUAUAUGCUGACGGCUACUGUUGUGUUAUUUUUCCUAUUUAUCAGUGAAAGCGAUGGCAGGUUACAUCACCUAAUACUCAAGGAUGACAUUCGGCAUAAAGUCCAUCUGAACACCUUUGGAUUCUACAAGAAUGGAUACAUGAUCGUGAAUAUGUCCAGCCUUACCCUAACUGGAGAGACUCUUGAUAAGAUUGACAGCUCCACGAUUGGAUUCAGUCUGGAUAGGACAAGCAGUAAUGGCUUCUCCACAUAUUUGGAUGAUCCAGACCUGGACUACUGUGUCUUGAAGAAGUCUCCUGAGGGUGACCUCCCUGUGGCCCUGUUCCUGUUUGACUUCAAGAAAAAUGAGGUGAAGAUGAAGAUGCCAUCCGAGGAGAACGUGUUCCCUGACAUCUUCCCAGUGAGACGGGAGACGGUGGACGUUGAGUCAGGAACUCAACGACAGAAAACUGCUGAGGUGAAGGGUGACACUAACCACCAUCCGGCGGACAACAGUGAUGGUCAGCCUAAAUCCAAGCGGGACGUUGAAGAGAAAAAGGCAGAAGUGCCUUAUCCGCUCCAUAGAGACAAAGACGUAUUUUCCUUUCAGUUUCACUUCAACGUCAGCACAGAUGAGCAGCAAGGCCUGUACAACUUCUACUUCCACAACUGCUACAGCAAAGAUACUCAAAUGGUUAACCCUCUUCGCUUCAGCAUCGAAAUCAGCAUUGAGGAGAAGAACCCCAGCAGCUUCCUGUCUGCAGGGGAGAUCCCACUGCCAAAGCUCUACAUCAUCAUGUCCAUGUUCUUCUUUCUCCUUGGAACGCUGUGGUUACAUGUUCUCCGCACCCGAAGUGCUGAUGUCUAUAAAAUCCACUGGCUCAUGACGGCUCUCCCCUUCACCAAGUCUCUCUCGCUGAUCUUUCACGCGAUCGACUACUACUACAUCUCCAACCAGGGUUUCCCCAUUGAAGGUUGGGCUGUGGUCUAUUACAUCACUCAUCUGCUUAAGGGGGCACUCUUAUUCAUCACCAUUGCCCUGAUAGGCACCGGCUGGGCCUUUGUCAAGCACAUCCUCUCAGAUAAGGACAAGAAGAUCUUUAUGAUCGUCAUUCCGCUACAGGUCUUGGCUAAUGUGGCGUACAUCAUCCUGGAGUCAACCGAGGAGGGCACCACUGAGUAUGGCCUGUGGAAGGAGGUCCUCUUCCUGGUGGAUCUUUUGUGCUGCGGUGCCAUCCUCUUCCCCGUGGUCUGGUCUAUCAGACACUUACAAGAGGCCUCAGCCACAGAUGGGAAAGCUGCCAUCAACCUUGCCCAGUUGAAGCUCUUCAGGCACUACUAUGUGAUGAUCGUUUGCUAUAUUUAUUUCACCCGUAUAAUUGCCAUUCUCAUCAAGUUCAUCGUCCCCUUCCAGUGGAAGUGGCUCUACCAGUUACUCGACGAGCUGGCCACGCUGGCGUUCUUCUUCCUGACGGGCCACAAGUUCCGCCCAGCUUCCUACAACCCCUACUUGCUGCUGUCGGUGGAGGACGAGGAGGACAUGGAGAUGGAGGAUGUAAUAACCACCUCGACGGCAAUGGGAGAUGGUGUAAAAAAAAUGAAGAGGAGCACAAAUGGACCAAUGGAAGAGAGAGAGAGCGUGGCCUAACGGGCGACGUGGCCUCACAGGAACACGGUGUGUCUGGACUAUGUGGUUACAGAUGUGGCGAUGGACACUUGUUGCCCAGAUUUGAAAUGUAAACCGACUCCACUUCAGUCUGGGUCGCAGCCCCAAAUUAGGGUGAUCCCAAACUGUGGUGGUCUUAACUGUAUUUAUGUGUACAUUAUUGUAUAUUUGAAUUCCCUUUGAUGUUACAGUGAAGUAAAUGCGAGCACUCUAAGUAACCAAGACCACAAUCCCCAGUUUGGUUUCAUUAAUCCACCGAGGCUGCUGUUCUUGGUCAUUGUUGGUAGUCGUUCUUUUAUUUAUUUUUGAGUGUAUAUACAGCAUGACAUUUUGUAUGACUCGCAGUCUCAAACACAUGCAUGCGCACACGCACCGCUACACUCUGGUGAAUAGCCAAUGGUGAAGUACAGAAACAUUGUAUUUAUUUACCUCUUCUUGCCAGCUGUGAAGUGGAAGCCACUAAAGCUACAACUGUGUAGCUGGUUAUUUUGGGGGUUUGUUCAUCAGACUAAUACCGUUUGUGCUAAUCUUUAUUUGUGGUGCUUCUUCUGCAGUGCAGUGGUACUAUGACGUGUGUUUGUGAGAUGCUUUCAGAUGCCCGUUUGAGUCAAGGUUCUCAUGAUUAUCCAGAUGGUGGGUUGCAAUCAAUUUUGUCAGCAAUACUCAUUUUCAGGAAAAGAUCCAUUAACCUGUGAAGAUUUUUUGGUAGCGAUGAACCUUGCCUAACUGCUUAAGAAACUAAAACGCCACAAUACAGUAUUUUUCCAUGUAGACAACAGAUGAUGAUGAUGAUAAAUGAAUGUUUUCAAAAUCAGUAUUGCCAAAGCUGAACACAUCUUCAGUUGCGGAGAGCGAAUACUGUGGAUGACAUUUGUCAAUCAAGGAGGUUAAAUGUCUGUUUUUUUUUUUUACAAUGGUAAAGUACAAAUAAUUUGCUUCAUGACCAGAAACCUAAGUAUGGGUAGAAUACUAAUGUUUGAGGUCAAAAGUUGUGGGUAGACUAGUUUGCCCUAUGUCAGGUUUUGAAAGAAGGCAAGGCCUUCACUGUUACUUUUUAUUUGUUUUACAUUUACACACAUUUUUUUGUUCAAAGACACAAUAUACCUUAAAAUAUAAAAGUUAAACAACAACCAUGUAAAUAAUGUAUCUUCUGUUCAUAAAGUCCUUUUUGACCCUGCUCAAUUGA